AUGCCCAAGUAUGGGGGCAACGCGACGCGAAACGGCGCGAUGGACGCGGUUGCGGACAGCAUCGUCGCGAACACCAAGAAUCUCAGCCCUCAGGACUCCAGCACGCGCAAAUCAGACCAGCCGCGAAAGCUAACAGCGAAAGGCAUGAAGAACUUGUCCGGUAAUGUUGGGAUAGUGAUGCAAGCCCUGAUCCGCGAAGUACGCGACGAAACAAUGAAACAAAUGGCAAAGGCGCAGCAGGAAACUGUGAAGGAAAUCACGACUUCUCACGAGAAAAUCAUCGAGACUCUGUGGAACUUUUGGAAAAAGGAGCAGCAGGUGCUUAAUCAAAUGAUCGAAGGCCAGGAGAAAGCGAUUAGACAGCUGCAACAAGAUAUUCAAGGCAUCUAG